CGUCACGUGUUCGUUUUUUUGUCUCCUUCAUACGUUGAUCGUAAUUGAAUCAAAAAUGUUAUCGUGAUAUGCCUAAAGGAACCAAUUGUAGAUCCACGUUAGGACCUUGUAGGCAGCUUCAGUUAACUCUGUUUGCCGUUACCAAUUAUCGCAACAUCACAAUUCACAACUAUGGCAUUGGAGUUAAGAUUACAUAGCCCUGUUGGUUUUGAGCCUGAUGUCUACAAGUGGCCUUUAACACCUGGACACAAAGGGGGCAAAACUGAUGUGGCCAUAGAGCUGGUUGAAACUAUAAGGUGGGUCUGUGUAGAUUUCCCAGAAGUUGCUAUAAACCAUAACAUACUUAGCAAUUACGAUACAAACAGUUAUGAAAGUAUGAGUAAACUAGUGGAAGAGUAUAAUCGAGCCAUUGACACCAACUGUCAACAACAGAAAAUUGCCGUACGCCCAUCGAAACGGUUAAAUUACCGGCCUUCGCGAGGUCUUCUACGUCACAUUCUACAACAGGUCUACAACAAAGCCGUGGCAAAUCCCGAAAAACUUAAUCAUUAUGUACCAUUUUCUUCCGAGGUAUAUGGUGAGACGUCUUACGAUCUGAUCUGUCAGUUGAUCGAUAAUAUAAACAUGACGGAGGACGAUAUCUUCAUUGACCUCGGUUCUGGAGUGGGUCAAAUAGUUCUUCAAGUUGCUGCAUCCACUUCUUGUAAAAUGGUCUGGGGUAUUGAGAGAUCUGAAUGGCCUAGUCGUUUUGCAAAGAACAUGGAUUUCCACUUCAGACGGUUGAUGCGUUGGUGGGGAAAGUCCUAUGGAGAAUACCAGCUGAUAAAAGGGGAUUUUUUAGACCAACGUCAUAGUGAAAAAAUUUAUUCGUCUACGGUCGUUUUUGUAAAUAACUUUGCGUUCGGUCCCGAUCUCGACCACCAGUUAAAAGAACGAUUUGCUGAUCUCAGGGACGGUACUCGUAUCAUCUCAUCUAAAGCAUUUUGUCGCCUCAAUGUGAAAAUAAGCGCUCGCAAUUUGAGUGAUAUAGGUACGAUUAUUCAUGUGUCUGAGUUGCCCUUUCUCCGAGGCUCAGUUUCUUGGACUGGGAAACCUGUAUCCUACUAUCUUCACAUUAUUGAUCGAACCAGAUUGGAACUCUAUUAUAACCAGUUAAACGAUAAACAACCAACAAAAUCAAAAAUUAAUGAAGAAAAUGGAUUGCCACGGGUUGGCCGUAGCAAAAAAAAUAAUCGGGCGUUACAAUGCGAUAAAUCGUCCCACAAUUCAAACAUAAAGUCACUUCCAUCACCCGUAGACAAUGUGAUAGACGGUGUCACCGGGCCGAUGACGUGUAUUCAAGCAACUUUAUCUGGAAGAUCGACCAAACAGAAACCAUUUCAGUUCGGCCGACAGAAUCACGUAGAGCAAGGAACAGGUGGUUCAUGUCGUAAACCCCCUAACCGAGUCAUGAAAUGGAAAAGCGAUGGACGUAGCAGAAGAAAACAUUCCUCUUCCGAUUUCACUUUGACUGGCACAGAAUUACAUAGCGCAAAUACUUCUGAAUCCCAAAAGACCUCGCUUGGACAAAGAUGUAUCCAUCAACAGUUACCGUCCAAUACUGCAGCAUCUUCUAUCUUUCUUCAGGAUAAAAUUCCACCCACACAAUUGCCUGGCGACCCAACCAACAUUCCGCGCGGACUUCAAGUAUAUCUGGACAAAGUUUGCAAUCAAAUGAUGUCGGCAAUGGCGCAGUUCAAAGAUCAUGCAAACCAUACAGCCAUCAUGCGUGAAAUAGAAAUCGAACGCGAUCGAAAAAUCAUACUGAAUUUACAAGCUUCUCUAUUAGAAAAAGAGAUUGCACAUUUGGCGGAAAAUGAGAAAAAACUUCGACUACUGCAAGAAGUGGCAUACCGGGAUAGAAAUUUAACUCAUUUCAGUGGGGAUGUCACCGGCAUUUCUAUUGUCAAUCAGGAAUCAGCCCUGAAAAAGAUAUCUAUUGUCACGCACCAGCGCAAGAACAUAAACCGACAAGUUAGCAAGUUGAUGCCGGAAGCUAUCGUUUUGAUGGGGACUACCUGCCUUGCAUUGGAAACGCAACAGUCACCAAGCUCUCAAUCUGCGCGACAGCGACUAGGUAGGCUAGAGGCAGCAGAUCUUCGUAAAAAUCCAGUAUGGUUAAACUUACCAGUGAUCGAAAAGGGCAAAGGAAAUCUUUCUGAGACACUAACAAAGAAGAUACUUCAGCCGAAAGGGCCUCUAAAAGAGGAUAAGACUUUGACACUGUCCAAACGAGAUAGUACUAUCAGUGAUGCUCUCGAGAAUCGCCUACGAAAACUCGCCACUCAUUUAUUGUGUGAUCAGACUAAUCAGGCUGACGGUCAGUACAGAAAUGGAUUUUCAUUUUCAAGUAUUUGCCAAUAGUCGCUAGCCACGUUUUGAUUCAUUCAUAUGUGCGACGAAACCUUAUUUCUAUUCUGAAUACUCCAUACACUAUACUUCUACCUUAUACAUAUUCUGAACUUCAGUCACGUUGAGGUAUAAAUUCCUGUAUUUUUCUCGCGUUAUUCCUUGACCAAUUGUUCGCCUGGUGUAUAAUCUGUGACUUUGAUAUUAUUAGAACGAUGAGACCAAUAGGAUGAGAGCAUACGCUUUCACACC